GGCGUUGAAUCAUUGCAACUGAUGUCAAACUUCGAAGGAUUUAAAAUGAAUGUUUUUGGAUUGCCUAAAGAACCCGAGGAACCCAGACAAAACCCACACAAGCACAGGAAGAACAUGCUAAAUCCUCAUCAGAAGGCUGGAGUCGUACCUCUGAACUCUGAAAAAGAUGUACUCACCACCAGCUCACCAUUCUGCUCUGUUUGAAUCAAGAGGAUGACAGCGGCCAGCAGUCCUGUCAGCAGUCCCUUCUCUUCCCACUCAUCACCCGCCUGCUUGCCAGCAUGCCCUCAAAGAAAAUCCGACAACACCCGGACCCCACUGCACCUGCGCUCGGCACCGGGCGCGUGGCUAAUGGUGGGCGUAGUGGUGGUGCUGGCGGGGAUGUGUGUGGCCGUGGCGGGGUAUGUAUCAGCGCCACCGAGGCCCAUCGGCGGCCGCGGGUCCAGCCACGUGGACAGGAUGAAAUUGGCCGGGCCUGUGGUGAUGGGCAUUGGCCUGUUCAUCUUCAUAUGCGCCGCCACCCUACUCUAUGAGAACCGGGAUCGGGAGGUGCACAGGCUAGAGAUGUGCGACGACUUUGAGAACUUGAAGGAGGACCUCGGGUGGGAGGACUCGCAAGAGCGUGCUAGUUUCAGUAGUCAAGAACAGUGGGAGAUUAGAGAUGAGGAGCAGGAGUGCUUUAUGCUACCUCUUUCCAAUGAGGACUGGAGCCUCUUCCCCUCUCCACUUUCGUUUGCUUGCCAGAACCUUGAGGACAUCAACAGAUCACCCUUACGUCAUCUAGAAACAGAGGACGUGGCUGAAAAUGAGGGCAGAGCAACACAUCUGGCUCGGGUUCUACACCACCAGGAGCCAAGUCCUCACUCGUCCUCCCCUGACCCAUCCGAUCUUCAGUCCUCCACCUUCCCAGAUGACUCAAGUGAGAGUAACAUUCACCCACAGAUCGGCCCUGCAGUUCCUGAACACUGAACAUUUUCACAGUGUACCAGAACUUGGAUGUUUGUCCAUAAGUGGAU